UUAUAGUCUAUGCAAGUGGCUGGCAGCUAUCUUGGGAUCUUAACAUUCAAGUCGUCUAAAGUUAUGGGGGAAAAAGUGCAAUGAACCUAGGUGACUGGCGAAUUGGGUUAGCACAUGCAAGUGUUGUGCGGGUUCCUGGAUUUGUGUCACCCUCGAGCGCAAUUAAAAUCAAUAGAGCGUGGCGAAAUCAUUCAGGCUUAUGACAGGAACAGGACAUUCCCGCAGGACACUGGUCAGUUGUAUUUGUUGCUGUCGCGUGGAAAGUUCAACCAUGGAGCUGCGCCGGAAAAUCGCUUGGCGAAUUCUGCCCCUCUUCCUGUUGGCUUUUCUGCUAACGGUGGGCGAGGCCUAUCUGAAGAGUGUCCGGGUGGAUGAGAUACCCUUUGCAGGCAGGAAGGUCCAGGUCCUGACCAGCCGUCGGUCCAGCGGCAUCCAUCUCAUCUCCAGUCUGGAGCAUCAGCGCGCUUUUCUGCACCUGUUCCAUGUGCCCUACAUAAUUUGCUUCUACGCCGCCAAAGGAAAGUGGCCGUAUGUGCCGGGGUUUAUGAAGUACCGCGUUGACAAUGCAGCUCGCAGCUUUUUCCACCAAAACGACAGUUUUAUUAAACAAUUUUGCACCAAGUGGAUUCAGGUCAAGGAGUGCUUUCGACCCCUAUUCGACAAAUCAAAUACCACCACAGAUGUGGAGGUGGAGACACUGAAUGCCAAGUUUCAGAAGGGACAGAUUUGCAACUGCGACAAGCUCCUCUCAACAGAGCCUCCUGUGCCGGUUGUCUACUUCGAUAAGAACUACAUUGGAAACGUGAGUUCGGAGACCAUUUUGACCACCAUUGAGUUUCUGGAGAGUUUCCUGCCACCGCCCACUAAAAAGCACAAGCGCAAGAACCGCGUGCGUGGACGCCUGGAUGAUAUGGAUAUUGAUUAGAAAUCAGACCCUAACUGUUUUUACUUU